UGCGGCCCGCGGGAAGAGGAGGGGGCGGUGGCCGCGAAGCAGGAGGACGCCGGAGCUACCGAGGCGAAGCCUGAGCCUGGGCGCGCGCGUAAGGAUGAGCCUGAAGAGGAAGAGGACGACGAGGAUGACCUCAAGGCCGUGGCCACUUCCCUGGACGGCCGCUUCCUCAAGUUCGACAUCGAGCUGGGCCGGGGCUCCUUCAAGACUGUCUACAAGGGACUGGACACCGAGACCUGGGUGGAAGUGGCCUGGUGCGAACUGCAGGAUCGAAAGCUCACCAAGCUGGAGCGGCAGCGGUUCAAGGAGGAGGCAGAGAUGCUGAAGGGCCUUCAGCACCCCAACAUCGUGCGCUUCUAUGACUUCUGGGAGUCCAGUGCCAAGGGCAAGCGAUGCAUCGUGCUAGUGACUGAGCUGAUGACCUCAGGGACGCUGAAGACGUACCUGAAACGGUUUAAGGUGAUGAAGCCUAAGGUGCUGCGCAGCUGGUGCCGGCAGAUCCUGAAGGGCCUGAUGUUCCUGCACACGAGGACACCACCCAUCAUCCACCGAGACCUAAAAUGUGACAACAUCUUUAUCACUGGGCCCACUGGGUCUGUGAAGAUUGGUGACUUGGGUCUGGCCACCCUCAAAAGAGCGUCAUUCGCCAAAAGUGUGAUAGGUACGCCUGAGUUCAUGGCACCAGAAAUGUAUGAGGAGCACUACGAUGAGUCUGUGGACGUUUACGCCUUUGGGAUGUGCAUGCUGGAGAUGGCUACCUCGGAGUACCCCUACUCGGAGUGCCAGAACGCUGCCCAGAUCUACCGCAAGGUCACCUGUGGCAUUAAGCCUGCCAGCUUUGAGAAAGUGCAUGAUCCAGAAAUCAAGGAGAUUAUUGGGGAGUGCAUCUGCAAGAACAAGGAGGAAAGGUACGAGAUCAAAGACCUGCUGAGCCAUGCUUUCUUUGCGGAGGACACUGGUGUCAGGGUGGAACUGGCAGAGGAGGACCAUGGCAGGAAGUCCACCAUUGCCCUGCGGCUCUGGGUAGAAGAUCCCAAGAAGCUGAAGGGCAAGCCCAAGGACAAUGGCGCUAUAGAGUUCACCUUCGACCUAGAGAAGGAGACCCCAGACGAGGUGGCCCAGGAAAUGAUCGACUCUGGAUUCUUUCAUGAAAAUGACGUGAAGAUUGUGGCCAAGUCCAUUCGCGACCGUGUGGCAUUGAUCCAGUGGCGGCGGGAGAGGAUCGGGCCCGCACUACAGUCCCAGGAGUCAAGGGACUCAGGCAGCCCUGACAAGGCCAGGGGUCCGUCUGCACCCCUGCAGGUCCAGGUGACCUAUCAUGGGCAGGCUGGGCAGGCUGGGCCACCCGAGCCUGAGGAACCAGAGGCUGACCAGCACCUCCUCCCCCUGACGCUGCCAACCAGUGCCACCUCCCUGGCCUCGGACAGCACGUUGGACAGUGGCCAAGGCUCCACGGUGUACUCAGACUCACAGAGCAGCCAGCAAAGCAUGGUCCUUGGUUCCCUUGUGGAUGCAGCUCCAUCCCUGGCGCCAUGUGUGUGCAGCCCUCCAGUGAGCGAGGGGCCCGGACUGGUGCACAGCCUGCCCUCACUGGGGGCCUUCCAGCAGCCUGCUGCCGCGCCCAGCCUGUCCAUGGGCUCCGUCCCAGCCCCUACUCGCCCUCCACUCCUCCAGCAGCAUUUCCCGGAGCCUACAAUGAGUUUUGCCCCUGUGCUGCCACCUCCCAGUGCCCCUGUGCCCGCAGGCCCUGGCCAUCAAGCGCCCCUUGCCCAGCAGCCUCCUCCAAUGGCCCAGCCGCCAGCCCUGCCACAGGUCCUGGCCCCACAGCCCUUGGGCACUGUCCAGCCAGUGGCCCCCCACCUGCCUCCAUACCUGGCCCCAGCCUCCCAGGUGGUGGCCUCUACUCAGCUGAAGCCCCUCCAGAUGCCGCAACCACCCCUGCAGCCGCUUGCUCAAGUCCCUCCGCAGAUGCCCACGAUGCCGGUGGUUCCUCCCAUCACGCCGCUGGGAGCACUUGAUGGCCUCCCUGCUGCCCUUACUGACCUGCCAGCUGCAAAUGUGGCCCCUGUGCCGCCACCUCAGUAUUUCUCUCCCACUGUGAUCUUGCCAAGCCUCACCACCCCCCUGCCUGCAUCCCCUGCCCUGCCUCUGCAAGCAGUCAAACUGCCCCAUCCCACCGGAGCACCCCUGUCCAUGCCCUGCCAGACCAUUGUGCCAAAUGCACCAGCCACCAUCCCUCUGCUGGCCGUGGCCCCACAGGGCAUGGCUGCCCUGUCCAUCCAUCCUGGGGUGGCCCAGCUUCCAGCCCAGCUCCCGGCCCAGCUCCCUGCCCAGCUCCCAGCCCAGCUCCCGGCCCAGCUCCCAGCACAGCCAGUAUACUCAGCGGCCUUCCCACAGAUGGCACCUGGGGACAUCCUGCCUUCCCCCCACCACACAGUGCAGAGCUUACGGGCCACCCCUCCACAGCCAGUACCACCUAUUCCCACAGUACCACCUGUGCCCACAGUGCCGACCAUGCCCACGAUGCCACCUGUAGCCACAGUUCCACCUGUGCCCACACCCACACCCCAGCCCCUCCUGCCCAGUGUUACCCACUUGCCUGAGCAACCGGCUCCAGCUGCUGCCACCACAAGGAGCCAGGUCCUGCUAGGCCAUCUGCCUUCAUACACCAUGGAUGUUGCUGCUCCAGUCCCCGCGGUGCCCCUGCCGCCUGCUGUCCUCUCCCCACCUCUGCCAGACGUGCUGCCGCCUGCUGCCCCUGAGCUGCUGCCUAAGUUCCCCAGCUCCCUAGCCCCUGCAGUGGUGGCAGCCCCUCAGAGUGUGCCCACCCAGACCAGCACACUCCUGCCACCAGCAAACCCACCCCUGCCUGCUGGGCCCCUGAUUCCUGGCCCCUGCCCAGCUGUCCAGCUGAUGGUGGAACCUGCCCAAGAGGAGCAAGCCUCCCAGGACAAGCCUCCCGGCCUCCCGCAGAGCUGUGAGAGCUUCGAUGUCACUUCUGGAAAAGAGCUGAGUGAUGGCUGUGAAGGUUCCUUUGGAGGCGGCAGGCUGGAAGGCAGGGCUGCCCGGAGACACCACCGCAGAUCCACGCGUGCCCGCUCCCGGCAGGAGAGGACUAGCCGGCCCCGGCUCACCAUCCUAAAUGUGUGCAACACAGGGGACAAGAUGGUGGAGUGCCAGCUAGAGACACAUAACCACAAGAUGGUGACCUUCAAGUUUGACUUGGAUGGGGACGCACCUGACGAGAUCGCCACGUACAUGGUGGAACAUGACUUCAUCCUGCCAGCUGAGCGUGAGACGUUUAUUGAGCAGAUGAAGGAUGUUAUGGACAAGGCAGAGGACAUGCUCAGCGAGGACACGGAUGCUGACCGGGGCUCCGAUGCAGGGGCCAGCCUGCCGCCCCUGGGCACCUGUGGUCUGGUGGAGGGGGAGGAGGGCAGACAGUCCCCAGCAAAUGCCCCUGUGUACCAGCAGAAUGUGCUGCACACAGGGAAGAGGUGGUUUAUCAUAUGUCCGGUGGCUGAACACCCCGCAGCUGAUGUCCCUGAAUCAUCACCUCCGCUUCCUGUCAGCUCCCUGAAAUCAGAAGCCAGCCAAGACCCAGCACCCUACACAGCCCAGUUUUUAAAGGAACAUCCCAGCUUCCCAGCUGGCCAGCAGCUCCUGAGCCAGGCAGGCCCCAGUGACCCUCCGGGUGGAACACCAGCCCCUUUGGCACCACCCUCACCUCCUAUAACUGUGGUGCCCCAAGAUGCAGCAGCACUGGCCAGCACUGUGCCAGAGCCAGCAGCAGGGACUGCCCUCCAGGCAGAGCGUCCAGGAACCUCUCAGGGGCCAACUAGUGAGCAUGAAACUGCCCAGCCACUGGCCGAGACUCACGAUGCCCAGCAUGCCACGCUGCCCCUCAGCACAGGCAAAGGACCUUGCACCUCAGCUCCAAAGGUGUCCAGUUGUCCCACAGGUUUGGGGGAGGCCCCCUCAAACAGGGAGGUCAGUACCCCAGGGGAGCCACUGCCUGCCGUGGUGCCAGGGCCCUGCCCCCCCAGUGGGGCCCUGCAGCCUGCUGUGGGUCAGCCACCACCUCCACUCUCCACUGCAGUGGGGGCCAUCAGCCUGGCUGUCCCCCAGCUCCCCAGCCCCCCACUGGGGCCUGCCACGCCCCCACCGCCACCCCUGGCCCUGGAGUCAGAUGGAGAAGGGCCACCGCCUAGGGUGGGCUUCGUAGACAACACCAUCAAGAGCCUGGAUGAGAAGCUUCGGACUCUGCUAUACCAGGAGCACGUGCCUACCUCCUCAGCCUCAGCCGGGACCCCUGUGGAGGCAGGUGACAGAGACUUCUCCUUGGAACCCCUAAGAGGAGAUGGACCCCACAGGGAAGCCCUGGGGGCAGACCUCACCCGGCCACCCCAGCCCUCGUUGGAGAAAUCAGAGACCACCCCUGCAGGAUGGGGCCCGGUGGAGCAGGAGCAGGGUGCCUCUUCACCAAUGACAGCAGAGUCGUCUUCCAGCAACACACUGGGCUGUGACAGUGAUGGAGGACAGGGGGCCUCAGACUCACCCGUGCCACCCAGUGCCCCCCAGGCUGUUCCUGCUUCUGCGAGCCCUGCACUCAUGCAGCCCACAGACCAGAAUGGCAGGGUCCCUAGGGAAGCCUCAGAAGAGCCCACAGAGAGCCACCCGGGGACAGUCACAGAAAGUGGCCAGCUCAGCUGCCCCCAGACACAUGGCACUCGGGUCUUGGGCUCCCCCCGGAAGCGGCCUGGGCAGCAGGGGGGCAGCUCACCAGCCAAGACGGUGGGCCGCUUCUCAGUGGUGAGCUCGCAGGACGAGUGGACGCUGGCCUCCCCCCACAGCCUGAGGUACUCUGCCCCACCUGACGUCUACCUGGACGAGCUCCCCUCCAGCCCCGAUGUGAAGCUGGCUGUGCGGCGGGUGCAGACGGCCUCCUCCAUCGAGGUCGGCGUGGGCGAACCCGCGUCCAGUGACUCUGGAGAUGAGUACCCGCGGAGGAGGCCCCCGGUGCAGAAGCCGUCCUCCCUGCCCACUGCUGGUGGUGUGGCCAGUGACUUGGUGAAGAAGGCCACAGCCUUCCUGCACAGGUCCUCCAGGGCUGGAUCUCUGGGCCCUGAGACACCCAGCAGGGCAAGCGUGAAGGUCCCCACCAUCAGCAUCACCUCCUUCCACUCUCAGUCAUCCUACAUCAGCAGCGACAAUGACUCAGAGUUUGAGGACGCUGACAUCAAGAAGGAGCUACGCAGCCUGCGGGAGAAGCACCUGAAGGAGAUCUCUGAACUGCAGAGCCAGCAGAAGCAGGAGAUUGAGGCUCUGUACCGCCGUCUGGGCAAGCCACUUCCACCCAACGUGGGCUUCUUCCACACGGCGCCCCCCACUGGCCGCCGGAGAAAAACCAGCAAGGGCAAGCUGAAGGCUGGCAAGCUGCUCAACCCGCUGGUGCAGCAGCUCAAGGUCGUGGCCUCUAGCACAGGUCACUUGUCUGACUCCAGCAGAGACCCUCCCGCUAAGGACCCUGCCCACGCCAGCACGCCCCCAUGUGCGAAGGCAGUUCAAACCCAGCAGCCCUGCUCCGUCCGAGCCUCCCUGUCCACAGACAUCUGCUCCGGCUUAGCCAGUGACGGAGGCGGAGCGCGUGGCCAAGGCUGGACGGUUUACCACCCAACGUCUGAGAGAGGGACCUAUAAGUCUAGUAGCAAGCCUCGUGCUCGAUUCCUCAGUGGACCCGUAUCUGUGUCCAUCUGGUCAGCCCUGAAGCGUCUCUGCCUAGGCAAAGAACACAGCAGUAGGUCUUCCACCAGCAGCCUGGCCCCAGGCCCCGAGCCGGGUCCCCAGCCCACCCUGCACAUCCAGGCGCAGGUGAACAACAGCAACAACAAGAAAGGGACCUUCACCGAUGACCUGCACAAGCUGGUGGAUGAGUGGACGACCAAGACGGUGGGGGCGGCACAGCUGAAGCCCACACUCAACCAGCUAAAGCAGACACAGAAGCUGCAUGGCAUGGAGACUCCCGGCGAGGCGCGGGCUAUGAUUAUACCUCGAGUAGGAGUGGGAAUGCCAUAUCUGGCCCCAGCACCUGGCCCUCUGUCCACCGCAGCCAUUCCUGGAGCCACUCCGGCCCUGCCUGUGCCCAUCCCAGAUCCUGACAGCGAGAAUCCCGACUGAUGGGCGCCGGCACCGCCAGGCCCGUGUCACAUCAUCCAGCAGCGCUGUGACGGACUUUCUGGGCCAGCCCCUCCACGAGUCCACUUCACGUUGUUUUGUAACCACUUUCUAAGCAUUUUUUAUUCACGAUUGGAAACACAAAUGUAAUGCAAGAAUAAAAAAUAUUUUGGGG